CAAACUAGUAAUCUGGCACUUUUUGAUAGGGGGAAAUACAAUAUGCCUAUUAAGAAACCACGAAUGUGACAUUAUUAUAGAGACAGAUGAACCAUUAAUAUUUAAGAUGUAGCCCAAAGCACUGGAAUAUGGCUAGUAACUGCUUCCCGCAGUGGUAGUGAAGCUGUGCAGUUCAAACCUCCUCUCAUGCAAAUAACGCAUAGACGAUAACUGAGCAUGCGCUUGAUACAUCUCGGUCGGAAGCAAGAAGGAAACUGGACCGAAGACAACAUCUGAACUGUCAACAAUCAUGUCAGGAUUUCUGGAUGGAAUCAGAUGUGGCGACUGUGAAUGCAAUGUGGACUGGGGCGAAAAGAGAAACACAAUUGCUUCAAUAGCUGCUGGGGUUCUUUUCUUCACAGGUUGGUGGAUCAUCAUUGAUGCAGCUGUGAAGUAUCCAAAAGAGGAUGAAUUCCACCAUGCAUACCACACAUGUGGGGUUAUAGCAACUGUAGCCUUUUUAAUGAUCAAUGCAGUCUCCAAUGGACAGGUGAGGGGAGACAGCUACAGUGAAGGAUGUCUGGGACAGACUGGUGCCAGGGUGUGGCUUUUCAUUGGCUUUAUGCUGGCAUUUGGAUCACUCAUCGCCUCCAUGUGGAUCUUGUUUGGAGGAUUCGUUGUCCCCCAGAAACCAAUUGUCUACCCUGGGAUCGCAGUUUUUUUCCAAAAUGCUUUCAUUUUCUUUGGUGGCCUCGUGUUUAAGUUUGGACGCACUGAAGACCUGUGGCAGUGAUGCUGUCUUCACUCAACAGCUCUGUUAUGCACUCCUGCUUCUGCUGGCCUUCUUCCCUUUGACUCAACCUGACCCCUGGUGUGAUCAAAACUGCAAAAUGGACCCCAAUGUUAGGCCACCAGUGAUGAACAUUAGAAAGAAAAAAGGCAGGAGGCCUCUGCCAUUUUUAUAUUAAACUCAUUCAGGCUCGGGUUGCUGUGUCUGUAGUCUAUACCAUGGUAUGGCAUUUAAUUUUGCUUGAUGCAGAUGUCAGUGGUAGGAACACUUAACCAAAACAAUAUCCUAAUAAGAGCAGUGGUUGGGGACCGGGGACCGUUAUGUGUCAGUAAAGCAGAGGUGUAAAUUGUGAAUACACUCAGCGCUAUGAUACUAACUGCUACAGCAUUUUCUUUUUUUGAUAUUCCGUAUAUUUUCAAAUACACUAAAUCAAGGUUAGUAUGAGUUUGUAUGGCUAUUCAACCCAAUAUUUCAAAAGGGAAUGAUUUUAAAAUCAUAGAGCUGGAAAUUCUGUUCAUGUUGUGAAUACAAGUAUGUUACGGAACUUGUCCCCUUCAACAAAAAGACAUUAAAUGUACCUUUGGCUAAAAGUGUUUGUGCUGUAGCCCUUCACGAAAUAUGUCUCCAUAUCAGCAAAUACAGACUGUAUAUUCUGUCGCUUUCACUUUAAGUAUAUACUUUAUUUAUAUAAUGGUAUGUGGUUGCUUUAGCAAAAAACAGUUGCAUAAUGUAAAAAGCACAAUUUGAUAUCUGAGGUACAUGUUUUGAGAAAAUAUAAAUAAAUAAACUAGUCUUGUCAACACUGUUUGAAUAGUCUACAUCUGAUGUUGGGAAAGGAAUAUGUACUCCCUUUUUAGUUUUUGUUCUCCAAGAUGCCACAAUACUGGCUCUUUACAUGGCUUACCUUGCAAAACAAAUAAAAAGUGGACUCAA